CACUCCAAGACCACUGGAAAACGCUCAAAGCCCCUGGUUUUCCACUUUUCCCAUUAGCGCACGCACACACACUCACACACUGACCUCCCCUACAUGUCGUAUAUAUUUAUAACCCAGAUCAUUUCCAAGAGCCCCAUCCAACAAACAACCAAAAAUCAAACAGAGAAAAAGAAACCAAAAAUCAGCAAAAUUCAGAUCACAAUUUCAUCCCUUUUUAUAUCAUCAACAGAGAAAAAGCCAGAGAAAAGAAAAAAAAAAAAAAAGAUGAGUUCAACGAGGAGGGCAUGGAUUGCAGCAGUAACUGUCGGUGCAGUACAGGGGCUCAAAGAUCAGGGAUUGUGCCGAUGGAAGAACGGGAGUUCCUCCAUUAGGUCGGCGGUUCAACAAUUUGCCCACAAGAAUUUGGUGGCCGGCGCCGCCGCUCCCUGCAUUUUUCCGUCCAAUUCUCCUUCUGCUUCAGUUACGAAUUGGAAAGAUGGAGAGCAAUUGAGAGUUUCUGAAGAAUCGUUACGGAAAGUCAUGUAUUUGAGCUGCUGGGGUCCAAAUUGAUUAGAAACCCCCCAGAUGUAGAAUUAAUAUUAAUCUGUAAUUUUCAUAUAUAUAUACAUAUGUAUACAUAAUGAAAUGAAGUCAGCACUUGUGAUAUGAAUUGAAUGCAGUUAAUUAGCAAGCUUAAUCAGCAUAACUUGGGAUUUACCAAAAAUCUGGCCUUCAAAAAAGAAAUAGAAUAAAAGAAGUGUACCAAAUUCAGGUCUAUAUUUCAUACAAGAAAAAAAUCUUCAACCGCUGACAUUGCAGCAUGUUAUUGCUACAAAAUAUUAGCCGAACAUCAAAUUACAAUUUGGUCAGACAUAAAAGAUUGUAAUUUCGUGGAGUUGCCACUCCUUGGACAAAAUUUUAAUGGCGG